AUGUCUAAUCAGACUCCAUAUAUUGGGAGUAAAAUUAGUCUAAUAUCGAAACUCGAUAUUCGCUAUGAAGGAAUACUCUACACUGUCGAUACGAACGAUUCCACGAUUGCAUUAGCGAAAGUACGAUCAUUCGGUACCGAGGACCGUCCAACGCCGAAUCCGGUCGAAGCACGUGACGAUGUUUAUGAGUACAUCAUAUUUAAGGCAAACGACAUAAAGGACCUCAUCGUAUGCGAAACACCAAAGGUUGCAACCCUCGCAGGUGGGCUUCCAUACGAUCCGGCGAUCAUAUCGGUGUCCGCUCGUACAGGAUCCGCUUCUGCCAACGAACAGCAGGCUUCCGCUGGUUCAUCUCGCUCCGAUACCCCCCAUCAUCGUGCCAGCCCCAACCUUGCUCAAGGCAAUCGAGCACCUGGUGCUGGACGGAAUGCAGCCGCUCGUACAAAUCGUGGGAACUUCGCACCGCCAGCGCAUCCGAUCGGUUCGCAAAAUCGACAGUUCAAUAAUGGAUAUCCUCGUGGCGGAUACAACUAUGCAGGUCAACGUCCUCGCAACAACCAAAGUGUUGGUGUUCCCCGUCCUCGUGAAAAGCUGAAGUUCGAUGGCGACUACGAUUUUGAGAAGGCGAACGAGCAGUUCCAGGAGCAGUUUUCCGAUAUGUUCAAGGACAAGUUAAAGGUCGAUGGCGAGAAAAGCGAGGAGGAGCAGGCUGAGAAAGCUCCCGAAGACACUUAUUAUGACAAGAAAAGCUCAUUCUUUGAUCGCAUUAGCUGUGAGGCUUUGGAGAAAGCUGAAGGAAAAAGUGGACGUCCGGACUGGAAAAAGGAACGCGAAACAAAUCAGGAAACUUUCGGGCACUCUGCAGUUCGCUCGCUGAACUACCGUCGCGGCUUCGGGCAACGUGGACGCGCUCGUGGAUAUGGACGACCUGGAGAUGGUCGUUACAUCAACAACUUCAACCGAAACUACAACAAUUUCCGUGGUGGAUAUGGGAACAACAACGCGAACGCUCGCGGGGGUUAG